AUGCCAGCCCAAAAAUCCACCCUCAUCAACAUCUGCAAGGCUUGUACAAAGAAGUCUUCUUCCGUUCUUCCUUCAAGAGUCUUCCUCUCAUCACACUCUUUCCACACCACAACAAGAUCUCUUUCUAUUACACCAUUCGGCGAAGACGAAUAUAAAAUUGGAUCCAGUUCUUUCAAACAACAAGAUGCCAAGAAGGUUUUCGACCUUGUUUAUGAAGGAAAUUGGAAUGGAUUGGCCGAAUUGAAAAAGGAAAGAGAAGGAAAGGUAUCACGUGGUGAUGCUGCUUUAGAAUUUGCCAAGGCAAGCGACUACAAGUCUCUCAUUUCUCUCAAGCAACACUACGAUGCUCACCCACGUGAUUUGGAAAUUGAUGAUAUGGCCAAGAUUAUUGCUGCUUUCGGUCAAGUUGGUAGCGUACCUGAUGCUGAACUUACCUUUGGAUUAUAUAUUAAGAGAGCUUCAACUGAUAGAGAAGUUGCUUCCUUGCGUAAUGCUUUGCUGUACUCUUAUCUUGUCAAUGGAGAAGAAGAAGCUGCUCAAACUUUCUUUGUUCAAUAUCCAGUCAAACCAACCAUUUCCACCUACAAUCUUGUUACUUCUCACUCAUGGAAGAAUACACCAACCAAGCUCAACGAACACUUGAAGUCUAUCAUCGGAGGUAAACAAUAAUUCUACUCUACCACCUUUUAACACCAACAAUAACAACAAUAUUAACCAAAAUGGGUCUUUGUUUUGGUUGAUUUUAAUUUUCGACACCUUUUUCAAACAAUAAAAACUAUAAUAUAAUAUU